AUGGCAUCACGCAGAAUGGAUCUUUCAAUUGUUCCUUUCCAAUACAUGGACUUGGAUUACGAAACAGAUGAAAUUCGAUUAAUACGAAUUCUUCCCUCGAGUACUAAGGACGAUAGUGUUCAUUGUCAGCUUAUCCACACAGCCUUCAACAAGGCGCCUAAUUAUCAAGCGCUGUCUUAUACAUGGGGUGCGAAAAUUGCCCCAGAGCCAAUAAUGAUCAAUGGAAAAAGACUCCGCGCAACAGAAAACCUCCUUGGUGCUCUGAAAAGACUCCGUUGUUCUCAAAUGGGGGACGAAGAAAAUCUUUUAUGGGUCGAUGCCAUUUGCAUUGACCAGAGCAACAUACCAGAGCGAAAUGACCAGAUAGCUAAGAUGAGAACAAUCUUUCAAAAUGCACAAGCUGUACCUAUUUGGAUUGGUGCAGAAAAUGACAAUAGCUCUUUGGCUAUUAGAUUAGCAAAGGAUUUAAACGUGCGUUCAAGGAACCAAGUGAUAGCAAUGCUUCAUGACACGUCAAUACACGAUCAGUUGAUGGCCCUGAUAAUUCUCUUUCGUCGUCAAUAUUGGUGGAGAAUCUGGGUUAUCCAAGAAGUUGCGUGUGCUAAAGAAGCCAUUGUACUUUGUGGAGACGAAAGUAUAUCUCUGACGGAACUCAGUAACACCUGCGAUAUAUUUAAAAGGGAAGAACACUUAUUGUUGUCUAUUUACUUAAAAUCAUCAUCGUUUGUACGAACUCUCACCACUGGGGGUCCAAAGGGGCUACAAGUGUCAAGAUAUCAAGUCCCCGAUGCUAUUGAGCCUCCUCUUUUCGAGCUUUUGCUUUCACAUAAGAGUAAGAAGUCAUCGGAUCCGAGAGAUAAAGUCUAUGCAUUGGUUGGGAUAUCCAACUCAAGGAACUACUUUGGUCAGAUUAAUUAUUCAUUGUCAGUUCGUCACGUCUAUACUCAUACUGCAAGGCAUAUAAUUCACCAUUCUCAGAGGCUUGACAUCAUUUGUGUCAACCAAAAAGCGCCCGAUGGCGAUGACCUCCCUUCAUGGGUACCCAACUGGACGAGGCCUCAUAGGAACCAACAGCCUACAAUAGUCGGACUUCAGCAUAGCGAGCCGCACUUUAUGGCUUCUGGUGAUAGUCAUGCUAAUGUACAGUUUCUUCAAGAUGGAUAUGUUUUGCGGACCCCUGGGGUUAUUAUCGAUAAAGUGAAGAAGGCCGGUUCAUCUUUCAGAAGACAACUCAACUCCAAGGAAAAUAAUGGCAGGGGUUUAAAGGUUCUGCAAGAGUGGUGGAACAUCAUUGUCUCUAAGAAAGGGCAUUCAUUAGAGGAGCAAGGAGCUUUUUGUAGAACAAUAUCUUGUGGCAAUUGGACUUUCAAAGAUGACAUCGAAUACGCUGUCCGAAUGAAGGCCAUUGCGACAACGUUAUCGGAACAGCGAUCACAGCUCGGGUUUCCAUUAUCUCCUUCUUCGACGACCGGGGAAUGUCUCAAUGAGAAGGAACGAUUAGCACUUCUCAUAUCUGCUUGUUUGACAAUGAACAGGCGUCGCUUGAUUGUUUCCAACACAGGAAUCAUUGGCCUAGGUCCUUUGGACAGCUCCAAAGAUGAUUUAAUCUGCAUCCUCCCAGGCUGUAGAUUUCCCGUGAUACUGAGGAGGACUGAUGAUCAUCACACUCUUCUGGGAGAGGCAUAUAUUGAUGGUUUUAUGUAUGGAGAAGGGAUGCGUGGUGUCGAGAAUGGACUCUAUGAUCUGGAAACAUUCAAAAUUCACUGA